AUGAAUAGAUUCAAUAUGGACCUCCUCUCCUUCCUUCGCCAUCCCUUCGUGCACACUUUCAGCCUGCUGUAUCUUCUCGGGCAGACGUUCGUAACGUGGCUCUUUGCGCCGAGUCCUCCCCCACCGUCGGACGAGACGACGAACAAGAAAGACUCAGGAUUGAAGAGAAAGCGCAUCGCUAUCAUCGGUGCGGGCCUGACGGGCGUCUCAUCUGCUGCUCACUGUAUCGGCCAUGGAUUUGAUGUGCAGAUCUUCGAGGCGAGGCCUAAAGACAAGGGGUUGGGAGGGAUAUGGAGUAGAGUGAAUUCUACCUCCUCCUUGCAGGUCCACAGCGUGAUGUACCGGUUUCAUCCCUCAGUGCAUUAUGAUACAGCGUAUCCCAGCCAAGGUGAAAUCCGGGAGCAGAUUGUGAACCUGUGGGAGCGGUACGGGCUCGACCAACACACCGUGUUCGAGUACAAGGUGACCUCUGUGAGAAAAGCAAAGAACGGAAAGGGUGAUGGAUGGAUCGUCAACGACGACGAAGAGACCUACGGCCGGUUCGACGGGGUGAUCGCUGCGGUGGGCGUGUGCGGGGAUCCCAAAAUGCCCUCGUUGCCCGGCGCAGAGCGGUUCAAGGGCCAGAUCUAUCAUUCGUCCGAGCUGGACGGGAAACAAGCCAAGGGGAAGCGGGUGCUGAUAGUCGGCGGCGGGGCGAGCGCGAUCGAGGCGCUCGAGUUCGCCGUCAAGUCCGAGGCGGCGCAGAUCGACGUGCUCGCCCGGUCUGAUAAAUGGGUUAUCCCGCGAAACGUGCUUGUCCAGUCGCUGCUUGCCUGCAACGUGUUCGGACAGGAGACCUCCUUCAGCUGGAUCCCGGAGUGGCUGCUGCGGCGGUUCUUCUACCGCAACCUGCAGGACAUCUCCCCCUCCUCGUCCAAGGGCCUCUACACCGAUACCCCGAUGGCCAACUCAGACCUGUUCGAGCAGAUCCGUCGCGGCAAAGCCAGCUGGUUACGCGGGGAUAUCCUUUCUGUCGAGGAGGACGGGAUCCGCUUCAACCACCGCGCCCAGGGAGUCUCCAAGGGUGGCCCGGGUCGCGAAAGACUCGUCGAGGGUGACCUCAUCAUCAUGGCGACGGGGUUCCAUCGCCCCUCGCUCGGUUUCCUCCCAGACGACUGUCUCGAGGGUCCCUACGCCCCGCCGAACUGGUACCUGCAGGUGUUUCCGCCGCGGUACCCGGACAUUGCGGCCACGAACAGCACGUACUUGAACGCCAUCGGCACGGUGGGCAACAUCCACAUCGGAAUAUACACGCGGUUUCUACUCAUGUUCCUGACCGAUCCGUUGACGCGCCCGCGUGAGGAGUGGAUGAAGAUCUGGAUCGAUUUCACCAAGCUCAUGAAGCGGUUGGCUCCGACGGGGGCCUUUGAUUUCUUCACCUACGCGGAGCUGAUCUACUGGUACUGUUUUGUCCUGAUCGUCAAUCCCUUUCGGUGGAAAUGGGCGCUUUUUGUCUUCUUCGGUAUUGGCCGAUGGUUACCUUUGAAGGUUGUCCAGGGGGAGGAGAUCAUGCGGGAUUUCACUUGA